AUUUUAGAUAUGUCUCCCUGAAUUAAAGUACAGACGAAAGUAAGUCCUCUUUAUCAUUCUAGAAUAAAUCUACAAUAUAUACAUACCUUUAGUACAAGCGGAACCAACAAUUCAUUUUAAUUAGUAAAUAUACGUGUGAUGAUAUGUGUGAUGUCUAAUACCUAUAUUUUUAAAUGUCUGACACAUAACCAGUUCCUGCCAAACUGUGAUUUUUUUUAUUUAGUAGGCAAAAUAAACUAAUAUUGUAGCCUAUUAGCUUAUGUAGUGUAGUGUUUUGAAGGUUUUGACUGGUAAGUGCGCUAAACAUAUUGCUUUUCUUCAUCCAAUUAUUUCACCUAAAUAGAAUCAAUAAUUUAUGUUGAAUUAAUCAAGCACUCUCUGUGUAUAUUGAAUGUUGACUCAGGUAUCCUGCAAUAUGUAUUACUGUCUAAGCAAACGUGGACCAAUUGUGUCUAUUUUACAACCCCCCAAAAGGUCAGCAGCGGAAGUCUCGCUAGUCUUGAAAACAUCAGCAACACCCCAUAAUCAUGUUUAACUGUGAAAGCAACAGAGGAGAAACCUCUCAUUCUGAAGCUAUAAAUGAUCAAAGGGCUGGCGGUUAUAGCUCAAUGUCACAGGGUCAUGACUCAAUAAAAAAUUAUAUGAUUAUAACAUUAAUAAGUAGUUAUUGUAUGCUAACAUUAAAGUGAUAUUGUAUUGUAGUAGUGAAACGGGCGAAGAAUAGAAAAGUAUAAAUGAAAUACUAGUUUUUACAAAGCGGUGGGAGCUUCAUAGGAUAAGACUUGUUCAUGGUUCUUCCCAGAAAUUAGAAUUUGUUAAUUUGUAAGUGGGGUCAGUGGUUGUUAUAUAAUUAUAGGUGUAGCCAUUAUAAUUAUAAUUUUCUGAGAAUUUCCAGCAAAAAAUGUACUAAUAGCUAAAUAUAUUUUACUCCAUUUCACCUUAGUCAAACGCUUAUAUACUAAUUCAUUAUUAUAAAAAUGUAUUUAACUGUGCUCUUUUAGCUAUUUUAAAGUAAAAUAAAAAAACAAUUAGAACUAGUAGCAUUCUAUAUUUUUAAAUUAUGACUAUUUGUGGAAUUUAGGUCACUCUAGCCACCUUUAAAUUUUGUGUUUUCGACUGCAGCCUAGUUGUCAAAUAAGAGACAUCUUCCAGUAGCUUGUUGAGACACGGCUCUCACGGCCCUCCCCAGAAGGAUGCAAUAAAACACUUUACUGCGCGGCUCUGCUUCACACUCAUAAGAACAAUCCGCUUCUCUAUGCAGUUUAUAUUCCCUUUAUAAAUUAUGCAAUAGCAUUAUAUAGGCCUAAAGGUGACUAUCUUACCCAUCUGAUUUGACGUAGAAGUGCAAUCGGGCAAGUUCAUUGUAUUUCCAAUUUUUGUUGCUUAUUUGCUACUUUUGACCUACUUUUAACUGAUUUAAUUGUCAGUUCUGUAAAAGAGUAAUCUCCUUUUUUCUCACUGCCACAUUUCAACUCAACAGCGCGACUCAUAUGGGCUAAAUUAUGGUAAUACGCCUGUAAAUGUGGUCAGAGUUUCAGAUCAAAGUGACAUUUCACGUUUGUACUUCCGACGAUGUACAGCUUGGGGUACUUAAUUAAAACAUUUUUCUUCAGGUUCAGAAGAAAAUCUAAAGUGUUUCUAGAGGUGAUUAAUUUUUUGUUCGUCUACAUUUUUAUGUUAUUUAAUUUAACAUAAUAGUUAAACAGCUUUAGUCUAAAACAUUAGAACAUUUCUGAUGAUGCUUUCAAGCUUUUGUUUGAAAGUAGUUUUAAAAGUAGUUUCACUGGCAUAUUAACAGUUAUUAACGGUGAAUAAUAUUCUUAUGUCUGCAAUUUUUAAACAUACUUUUAAAAAAAAAUACAUAAAACUAUAAAACAAUAGAAAAUGUGAAACAAUAAUUAAAUAAAAAUGAAUAUUUAAUUCUGUAAGUGCUCUUACAUUUAAAUGUAGUAGUUUUAAAUGUAUGCAUUGGUGAAAUUCGAGUGUAGUUUGUUUAAUUAUAUUUUAUUAUGUCAGUUAGCGCAAAUAAAUCAGUUUCUGCAUAGCCUAGUUGACCGCAUGGUCUAUAAGCAGCUGAAAAAAAAAACAUUCGCAUCGUUCUUUAUAUUUUGGAAUAAACUAAAUAUAAAUCUUCUUUACCAACAUACAGGUAUCCCUGCUGUAGCCUAUUCUCUAGCUCUAAAUUGCGUGAUUUAAUUUUUACUAAUUGAAUAAAUUCAGUUACACUGAUGCUACAAGCAUGAAAGCGAUUUAGGUUAAACAGACCAACUCGUUAUUGCAGUGCAUAAGCAAAAUGAAGAAGUAUUCAUUAAUAAGAUCUUUGUUUGGUUUCUUGUUCUGCUGGUAAUCGUGCUUCUGCUGUAAGUCGACAUUUGUCUAGUUUUAUGACUCGGCUCAGGCGUUAAGGCAUUCUUUCGCAGUAAAACUGCCAUAAACCACCCCCCUUACAUUUCCCUGUGCACAAAAGGACAUAGCACACAUUGAAGUGGUUUUACAAAACGCAUACACCGAAAAAUUCUCCCACGUUAAGAAAAAAAAAAAAUAUAUAUAUAUAUAGUCUACAUGCGUGAUUUUGUUUCCUGAACAUUUAGCUGUUGUUGUCGCUACAUUAAAAUCGAAUUAGUUGGUAAAUCAGUUUUUGCUACAAACAGAACUGUAUUAGAAAUGACCACAGUUCUAAAACCAAAGCUACACGAUAAAUCACUAGCAGUUUCUCCAGCAGUAAAAAUUGUUGGAUUUAUCAGUCAGAGGAAUUUUCUUUCUAACUUAAAAGCGAGGCAAAAUGGGAUGUAGAUGCCUUUAUGUGGAUAGGUACACAUUAAAAACCACUAAACAUCUAAUGUUAUUCCCCUAUAUAUUGUUUUGUUAUUUGUUUUAAGUGCAUUUGAUGUGUUUUACACAAUGUAAAACAAUGUAAGUUUCUGGAUUAUGUCUCGUCUUGUUUUUAAUGGAAACACUUAAUGGUAACACUUUAUUGAGAGAGUUUAUAUAAUGUGCUAAUUGUAUGUGUAUGAGAGGGAGUAAAAGGGAGACUAAGGUAGGGUGGAAAUGUCUUACUAAAGCGGCAUAUUCUAUGCAUCUCAGCUGGAUUAGAUUUAUCGUUAGUUGGGCAAAGAGUAUAGGACAACAAAAUAAAUGUCGAGUUGUAUUUUUUCUCCACUUUCUUUGUGGUCACGUUUUCCAUUGGACUGAAAUUGGUCAGCUGACACUGUCAUCAUUGUCCAGCUAGAAGGAGGCUUUGGAAACACGGUUGCGUACAUGGUGUCUUUAUUGGGUCUCGAAAUUAAAUGACAUCGAAAUCUAUUAAAAAACAGACUGACAGAGAGAGAUAGGAAGAGUUCAGUGAGGGAAAGUGAGAGAGAGAGAAAGAGAGAGAGGGGUGAGAGAGAGAGGGAGAGAGGGGAAUCAGAGAACGUAAGGGAGGGAGGGAAAGAAAGAGUGGGAGCACGGUUUACGGCGAGAGAGGGACGGUAUGAAUUCCUAUUUUACGAACCCGUCGCUCUCGUGCCAUUUGACUGGUGGUCAGGAGGUUCUACCAAACGUGGCCCUAAAUUCGACAACUUAUGACCCCGUUCGCCAUUUCUCCUCUUAUGGCGCCGCUGUGGCCCAGAACCGGAUAUACUCCACGCCGUUUUAUUCACCACAAGACAACGUUGUGUUCGGUUCCAGUCGUGCACCGUAUGACUAUGGGUCCAAUGUGUUUUACCAGGACAAAGAUGCGCUCCCAAGUUGCAGGCAGAGCCUGGGGCAAAGCGCGCAGGGCUCCUUGGCGCAAGAGUACCCCUCAGAACAUGGCAGAGGCGCACCUCAGGACCCAAAAAGCGGCAACAUUCAGAUCUAUCCAUGGAUGCAGCGGAUGAACUCGCAUAGCGGGGUCGGCUAUGGGUCUGACAGGCGGAGAGGUCGUCAGAUCUACUCCCGUUACCAAACACUAGAACUGGAGAAGGAGUUCCACUUUAACCGCUACUUGACAAGACGCCGGCGUAUCGAGAUCGCCAACGCGUUGUGCCUUACUGAACGUCAGAUCAAAAUCUGGUUCCAGAACCGCCGAAUGAAAUGGAAGAAGGAGAGCAACCUCACCUCCAACCUCAACGACAGUGUCCCUUCGGUGGGAAGCCAGGACGCGAGCAAGGAGGACGACCCAGAAGGAACCAAAAGUGAGAAGAAGGAAUAGAUCCAGAACUGGUGUAUAAAAUCUAUAUCGCUGUACGAAUCACUACCUAUCGAAAACUACCUAUUAAAGUUUGGCACAACGCUUAAAACGCCAAAACUGUUUUUAACAAGACAAAUCGUCUUACUUUACUGUUUAAAAACAGAACACUGCAUUCCGUUUCCCAAUCCCCAGCCUUGCCUGUGUGGUUCAACUCUCAAUGUGUAUUCUUCAAAAUUUUUACAAUGAAUGUAUGUGUAUACCACGCUAAUAUUAUUAGCUACUCCUAUGUUUAAAAAGUGUAAAAUAUACCUGUUAAACCAUUUGACGAAUACUUUUUCAGUGUACUGUGGCAUUACAUAAAAUAACUUUUAUUUUGUUCAUUUAUGUUGCAUACCUUGUAUUGUUGCUGUUUUCUAUUGUUUUGUUUUUUUUUAUUGUAUGAAGCAUUAAACUAAUGGAAACCUGAAA